AUGGCCACUCAGGUGGAGGCUCUCCUGCCCGGCAACCCGCUGGCGAAAGCGACGGAGGAGGAGCAGCAGCAGCAGCAGCUCGGCGAAGCGGCGCGCGACGAGCCGGAGGAGGAGGAGGUCGCUCGGCGUGGCGACGGUGCCAAGCGGCAGGCGGGGAGCGGCGGAGGAGGGCCGGGACUGACCCCCGACGCGCUGGAGCAGGAGGAGGAGGAGGUGGUGCAGGAGGGCAAAGGGGGUCGUGACAGCGACGACAAGCAGAACGAGGACGGCGUUAAAGGCCGAAAGGAGUUUACCGAAGCGCCCCCGCCCAAGGUGAACCCGUGGACCAGGAAAAUGAACGCGGUGACGGUGGUCAGCGUCAACGGACAAGCGCACCACGAGUCGACCGGCCCGGCCAAGGUGGUGCGAGCUGGGAACCCCCCGAAGGCCAGACGUGGAGGAAAGGUUGGAGACUUUGCCGACGCCAACAGCUGGCCGACACCCGGGGAGAUCGCCACUAAAGACAUGCAGAUCGAGGCAGUGACACGGACCGAGUCCUGCCCGCCGACUGUCAGGCAGGUCAGAGACUCGUGGAAAUCCCCUGCUCCGAAGAAGACGAUGACGAUGACAACAACGACGACGUCGGCCAAGAAGGAGUCGAAGGAGAAGAGGGAGAUCAACGAGGAGAGCAAGGAGAACCUGAAGGCCAAGUCGGACGACUCCGGGGAGGAGAAGAACGGAGACGACGACUCCCAGAAGAACGGGCCCAAGAAAAAAGGAAACAAGCAGAAGUGGGUUCCCCUGAUGAUCGAGGUGAAGUCCGAGGGGCCUCGUGAGCGCUCGGCCUCCAGGAACAACAGCCGGCAGAACGAGAACCCCCGACUGCCCCCCAACGCCCGGAACGACCUCAGAGACUGGCACAGUCAAAAGUACGAGCGGGAGUGGCGCGACGACCACGACGAGGUGUCCAGCGUGAAGAGCGAGGGAGCGCCGUUCCGCGGCGGGUUCAGGGGUCGCGGACGCGGAAGAGGACGAGGCCGGGGACGAGGCGGCAGAGGUGGCCGAGGCCACUAUGACUACCACUACGGCUACAAGACCUACGAGGGGAAGGACGGCCCCAUCGCCCAGAAGUUCGGCAACACGGUGACCUACUACUACGACAACAUGAGCAGCAACGACCUCUUCUCCGCCGACCAGGACCUGCUGAAGGACUACAUCAAGAAGCAGAUUGAGUACUACUUCAGUCUGGACAACCUGGAGCGGGACUUCUUCCUGCGGAGGAAGAUGGACCAGGAUGGCUUCCUGCCCGUUGGACUGGUGGCCAGUUUCCACCGAGUUCAGGCUCUCACCACCGACGUCCACCUCAUCAUGGAGGCCCUGAAGGACAGCCAGGAGGUGGAGGUGAUCGACAUGAAGGUUCGUCGGAAGGUGGACCCGGAGAAGUGGCCCCUGCCGGGCCUGGCCAUGCUCAGCCAAACACCCACCGACUUCUCGCAGCUCAUCAACUGCGCAGAGUUCGUCCCGCGGCAGCCGGCCGAGGAGCCGCGAGGCUCUCCCAGGUCCUCCAAGCCGACCAAGCAGCACAGGAGUGAACUGGACUCCUCCAACCUCAAGACGAUGCCCAAGGGCCUCUCCGCCAGCCUCCCCGACCUGGACUCAGAGUGCUGGAUCGAGGUCAAGAAGAGGCCCAGACCGUCCCCAGCCAGACCCAAGGUCAGCCCGGAGGCCCCCUCGUUGCAGAAGGAAAAGGACGACUCGGCCCAAUCUCCGGGGACUCAGCCCGACUCCUCGCCCACCCCGGCUCCCACAGGGACGAAGGACGGGGCGGAGGUGGACGAGCCCGAGGAGCUGGACUUCAUGUUCGACGAGGAGAUGCAGCAGAUGGACGGCCGGCGCAACACCUUCACCGACUGGUCGGACGAGGACACGGACGGCGAGAUCGACGACCACGACGUCAACAAGAUCCUGAUCGUGACGCAGACGCCGCCCUACCUGCGGAAGCAUCCGGGGGGCGACCGCACCGGCCACUACACGUCGCGCUCCAAGCUGACCGGCGAGCUGGUGAAGGUCAUCAACGACGGGCUGUUCUACUACGAGCAGGACCUGCAGGACGACACCUAUGAGCCCGAGUACGCCACCAUCAAGCAAGAGGUGGAGAACUUUAAAAAGGUCCACCUGAUCAGCCGCGAGGAAUUUGACUGCCUGACCCCUGAAUCCCCAAUCGACCCCAACCAGGAAGUCCCUCCCGGCCCCCCAAAACCCCAGCAGAUCCCCACAGACGCUCUGGCGAACAAGCUCUUCGGCGCCCCCGAGCCCUCCUCGAUAGCUCGCUCGCUCCCGACCACCGUGCCCGACUCGCCCAACUACCGGACGCCGCGCACGCCGCGUACGCCCCACAGGAAGGACCAGACCAUGACGCCGCGAUUCUACCCGGUGGUGAAGGAGAGUUGGCCCGUGGAUGCCACGACGCCGCGGAAGAGGAAGACCCGGCACAGCGCCAACCCGCCCAUGGAGUGCCACGUUGGCUGGGUGAUGGACUCCCGGGAGCACCGCUCCCGCACGACCUCCGUCAGUAGCUCAACCGCCAGCCCAUCGGAGGGCACCCCCGCCAUGGGCAAUGUUGGCUGCACCCCUCAGUCUCUCCCCAAGUUCCAGCAUCCGUCACACGAGCUGCUCAAGGAGAACGGCUUCACGCAACACGUUUACCACAAGUACCGCCGGCGCUGCCUAAACGAGCGAAAGAGGCUGGGAAUCGGCCAAUCGCAGGAGAUGAACACGCUCUUCCGCUUCUGGUCGUUUUUCCUGCGGGAUCACUUCAACAGGAAGAUGUACGAAGAGUUCAGACAGCUGGUGGUCGAAGACGGGAAAGAAGGAUACAGGUACGGACUGGAGUGCCUGUUCAGGUACUACAGCUACGGUCUGGAGAGGAAGUUCAGGCCGGACAUCUUCAAGGACUUCCAGGAGGAGACAACGAAAGACUACGAGGCCGGCCAGCUCUACGGACUGGAGAAGUUCUGGGCGUUCCUUAAAUACUCCAAAGCCAAGUCCUUGGAUAUCGACCCCAAGCUGCACGAGUACAUGAAUAAGUUCAAACGUCUGGAAGAUUUCAGAAUUGACCCGCCGAUGGAGGAAGGACGCCGCAGAAGACACUCGUCCAGCGGGGACGGUCGGCGCCGGCACCCUUCUCUGCCCUCCAGCCAGCCCCAGAGCCAGGCCAGCUCGGGCCCCGCCCCCGCAGCCCAGGACCCCGCAGCCCAGGAUGCCAAACCCGUCAGCCAUAAAGCCGCCGCCAUCAAAGCCGACGGCGCCCCAGAUGCCAAGACACUGAAGUAACUCCACAAACACGCCGGCCCACAUGGAUCAACUCAACCACGUCUGCAAGUCGCCGGUUCUCUCUGCACCACAGGAGGGGGGGUGGGGGGGUGGGGGAGGGAGGGCGUCCAGUUCUUCACUCAAGCAUGAGUUUUUUGAAUGGAUGAGGGUGUCAAACUCUUUGAAUAAAUUUUUUUUUUAAUUAGACAUCAGUACUUGUCCAUUCGGUGGAUGGUUUUGUGGUGAUUAAUUACCCUGGAAAUUCUUAGAUUUUUUUUUCUUCUCUUCUGCUUGCUGAGAGACAUUUUGCUGCCCUCCUCCUCCUCCUCCCCGCCAGAUCUCAGAUUAGUGAUUAUUAUUUUCUUCGGCGCGUGGAGAGAGCCCGCUGGACUCGGAAAUAAUUUGACGAACAUUGAGCAUCUGGAGGAGGAAGAUGAAGAAAAGCCGCUCUCGACAUCCAACCGGACCAAAAGCGGUUUGAACCGAGCGACUGACGUUUCCAUCCUCUAAGCCCCCGGUGCUCAGUUAAGGGGUUAAGAACACAAACAUAUUUGAUUUUACUUUAUGGCUGAACAUUGAGGGUGAAUUGAUGAAAGAUCUAAAAAAAGAGAAAAGACUUCCCUCAGUAUGGACACGAUCAUUGAAAGUUGCCUUAUUUUAAUGGUUUACCGCUUCCAUCUUGUGCCCGCCACCUUACUGUCAACUGUACAGCUCUGGAAUCAUCCAUAUAUACGCUCUCCCAGCAGAGGCCACUCGGCGGGGCUGUGUCUGCCGAAACGGCUUCGCCCCUCCCUCCUCUUCGUCCUUCUCCUCGCUCACUCCCGUCACUUUUUCUGAACCGUCUUCCAAGUGUCAUUCGGUCUGUUACAAGUCCUGUAAUUCUUCCCUGCGUUUUGUUGUUGUUGUUUUUUUUGCUGAAACUAAACCCAGUGGAAGUUUGCCUCCCCCCCACCACCACCAUCACCUCCCCCUCUCCCACCCCAAAACAGAAACAUUAGGGGGCGGAGAGAUGUGUGGGGGGGGGGGGAUUUCCUAUUUCUUCCCCCUGUCGGACGAACCGCAUCCAUCCGGCCUGAAGUCAUCCAUCUGGAUUACUUGAAGAAGCUUUGUCGCACAUGGGGGGGAGGGGGGGCUCAGACACCCGGCUUCAGUGUUUAAACCGAAGCUUUUGGUCGGAUGCACACAUCAGUUACAGGCAUGAACACUAACGGGUGUUGUCGCACGCAGGUACAGAUGUAGAACACACACACACACUCACACACACAGACUCACACACACACAGCUUGAUGUCUGGCUGAACAAAAACAUAGCGGCACGUUUCUUUCUUCCUCCGCUCGUGUAAAAUGUGAAUUUGACAGAUGAAGAGAGGAGACUGCAGCUCCCUGCUACUUGUUUUAUUGUUUAUAGAACAGAUUAUAUAUUUGCCUUAAAACGUGCUCUUAAACGUUUCUCUUUUUUUCUCUUUAAUGGUCUCAUGAUUAAUCUUUUAAUGCUUUUUAUUUUGCAAUUUGCAGUGUUUCUAGUGUUAUUGUUGUUAUGAUGGAAGGUUGGCUUUGUCGGGCCGUUUUUUUUUCUUCAGAAACCGGAACAUAACUCAAAAGGGAAAAUUGCGAUCGGGCGUCAGCCGGUGUAAAAACUAAAUCUGUGAGCUUCAGAGGGUUUCAGGUUGCAAUCAAAUUAUUUUUCUUUUAACAAAUUCAACAUUUUUACAUGCAUUUAAAGGAACUAAAGAGUUUGUAGAAAGGAAGAAAUAAAGCCUGACUAAUUUUUUUUUUUUCCAGAUCAAACUGUAAAAAAAACGUAUCGGUCCCAUUUUAAACCUUAUUUUUUGUUGCGUAAUAAUCAUUCAUCCUCGCCAGUUGACGUUCCAGCAGUCGAGCUCCUGUCUGUUUCACUUUCUUCCUCUAAAUCCACAUUUGUUGGCCACACGAUGUUAAUGCAAAGCUGUAUUGUGUUUUUCUUUUAAUGUUGCGUUUAUCUUCAGGGAGAUUUGGAUCCGUUUCAGACGCUCAGUCGACGCAAAGUGUUUCCUGGAGGUUCUCGAGAAAUAAAGAGCAACGCGAGAAUAUCCAGAAAAGAGGAAACUGGUUCCCCCCCCCCCCUCAAGAGAAACCAGCCACGCAUUUGACCGCUUGAACUGGUGUGUGUUUUGGGAUGCAGUCGCGUCAGUCCGCCACUAGGGGGAGGUGAAGGGCCUUCUGCAUGUGACCAGUCACAUGAUCCCUCCCUCUAAACGGGGUGUCACCUGCCUAUGAUACCAGACACGAUCAGAACUGCUUGCUAGCUGUCAAGACGAACUCUAGGGGGCGCCACAGCCUCAACCUGGACACUUGAGGGACGAGUGAGUGAUGGAGAGGGAGACCAACUGGGGGUUGUGAUGUUGCUCAGAGGAUUACAGCUCGUUUUGGAUGUCUGGACAUUGAUUUGAAGAAGAAGAAAAAGGACAAAAUUCCAUAAAGCCAUAUGAAUAAGAAAUAACUGUAUAUGAACUAUUAAAAUAGUUCAUUGCAUUACUAUAUCCUAGGCUUGUCAUGAGGAAAAAAAGAUGGAAAAAAAGGAACAAAAAAAAUUAUAUAAAGUGUAAAAUACUUGAAUAAGAUCUUGUAUUAUAACAUUUAAUAUUCAUAAUAUCUGCUUUGUAGGCUGAUGUGAUUCGCUAUUAGUGUUAUUUGUAAUUUGUAGUAAUUAUGCUUUUCCUUUAAUAAAGAAAAAAAACACACAAAACCGACAAAAAAACCUCAAA